AUGAGCAAAUCAACUGAUCCGCAUCAUUUAUCUAAUGACUCGGUUGUUUGGACUUCUGCCAUAGAUCGAUUGAGUUUUCAGAAACGAAUAUGUACGACUUUUAUACCAAAAGAAACCAACAGUGAAUGUUGCGUUUGUAAUUAUGAUCACUCGGAAAGUGAAGCAUCUCCAUUGAUCAAAACAUGGAAUUUAGAAUCGCACACUAAAAAAGAAAGCACUAAAUGUUACGGAAUAUUACCACAAUCAAAACUUCCAUAUUUACGAUGCGACGUCAAAACGGAACUCGAUCAAAUUUGUUUAUUGUUGUUGGGAGUAUGGGAUAUACCUGUGCCUGGUUUUAUUAUGCGAAUGAUAACCGAUGCAGACACGACACCAAACAUUAAAAUGGAAAAGGAACUAUUACAAGGCAUUUCUGAAGCUGCUGUUGCAUCGGCAGAUGCAUGGAUUAUAACAAGUGGCUAUAAGGAAGAGAGUAUUUCAGAAUUAGUUGGUGAAAUGGUAUACAAAAGUCGGAUAAAAAAUCCUGAGAUUAGCUUCAGUGCAAUUGCUGUUGGUAAAUGGGGCAACAUUCAUGAUUGUCACAAAAUUGAAGAGAGGAGUCCUUUCAAUCAGUCCGCAUCAUAUAAAGGGCAUGGACGCUAUCAACUAGAACUAAAUCAUACACAUUACAUUUUUUUCGAUGAUGGUACAUGUGAUUCACUGGAUAAUGGCGAAUUUGCUUCAAACCUGGCUCGAGAAAUAUCCUAUGGAGCAAGACGUAGAAUACCAUUAACUUCUAUUCUAAUUGGCGGUACACUUCAUGCAGUUUCGUCGAUAUUCACUGAUUUACAGAAACAAAUUCCAGUUGUUAUUGUUGAAGGAAGUGGACAAAUAGCGGAUCUAUUAUGUAAAUAUCUGAAAUUAACUGAAAGUUCUUAUAAAUCAUCCCAAAUUGAAAAUCAACAGACUAAUGCUACAGAUGAAGGAUCUAUUGAUCAUGAAAAUGAUAUCAAUAUAACAAUGAUUGAUGAAGAAUUUUCACAAGAUGAUGCUGAAGAUUCAUCUUCAGUAAAUAAAAUUACAUUAAGAGAAGCGUUGAAACCUCUCGGCAGAAAACGUGUGGAAUUCGCUAAUGACGUAAGAAAGCUUUACAGUAACAUUCGACAGGAAGAGUAUGAAUCUAAAGGUAAACGGUUACCUGUAGGCGAACUCUUAAGUUUGGAUGAAGAAAAAUCCUUGGGACAAUAUUUAUUUGAACUUUCAAGAUGCAUUACAACCACUCUUCGAGAAAAUAUUUAUACUUUUAACAUCAAUACAUCAAAAUCUCUAAAGGAGACAAUUUACCAUGCUUUCGUACAAGCAAGAAAUAAUCUUUCACGAACAAAAACAUCUUAUACAACAGCCGAUGAUCAAGUACAUCUAGCACUUCGCUGGAACGUUACUAAUAUUACUAACAGUCAAUCAGUAACUAGUUCAAGGAUUUGGAAUGAUAGUACUAAAAUUGCACAAAAUCGAUUACUCUUGAUUAAUGCCCUUAGCAAAAAUUUAAUUGUGUUCAUCAGAAAUUUUGUUAAACUCGAUAUCGAUAUUACUGUUUUAUUGGGCCCGGAUAAGUAUGCCUCAAGGAUAAUUAACAAUAGUUGGUCUCAAAAUCAUCAAUAUUUGAAAGAAUUAUACUCAGAGGCAAGACGCAAAAAUAGAGAUCCAUUGUAUUUGUUAGAUCAAAUCACCCGAAAACUUAAUAUCAAGGAGGAAAAGCAUCUUUCUACUGUUUUAAAAAUUCUAGUAGGUGAUUUCAUGGAUCCACUCUAUGGGAACCGGACAAAAAAUGUUGAAUCAGCGAUAUCAAAGACUGAUGGAAAUGCCAAUAUAGAGACGUUAGAUGCUGAACACAUCUAUCGUGACUUAUUUCUCUGGUGCAUACUAACCUAUCGACUUGAAAUGGCUAAAAUUUUUUUAAGUCAAAUGAAGACUCGUAUUUGUUCGGCAUUAGUUGCCUCAAAGAUUUUGAAAUCUUUUGUACCCUAUGCACCAGAUAAAGUUUCGAAAGAAAUAUUGUUUUCGAAAGCGGCUGAUUUUGAAAUGUAUGCAAUUGAAUUUGUACGAUGUUCUUACUUCUAUGAUAAAUAUCAAACAUGUGAAUUGAUUAUGCGCCGUGUUGAUCUCUAUGGAGAUGCCUGCCAAGCUUUGCUAACCAAUAUUUGGUAUGAUAAACUUGAUCCUGGUAGAGAGAAAACUCGUCUUCUUCUCAACAUAUUGACAUUUGGAAUAUGGGAAAUUUUCGCAACACUCUAUGAAAAACAUUUUUCUAAAUCUUCUGCAAAAACACAAGCCGUUGAUUUUGGCUAUGUCCUCUUCCUUGUCUUCUUCAGUUAUUAUAUGCUUUAUGCAUUUGAUCCACCAUCAAAAGAAACUCUUGCCAUUCAUUGGACUGAAAUAUUAACUAUCAUUAUCAUAACUACAAUGCUUUUGGAAGAAAUUCGUCAGACAAAUAAUCUUUUGUUAUUCAUUAUAAUCAUCAUUAUUUUUAUUUUUGGCUAUGGAAUCACAUCAAGAUCUAUGAUAGCUUAUAAUACGAUUGAUUUCAACACCCGAGCGUUUUUACGUGAAAUAUUCUAUCCAGCGUAUUAUUUUGUUUUGGGCAGUUUUGAUAGUGAACUUGAAAAAUUAAAUGGCAAACCCGAAGCUAGUACUCAUAUUGCCACUCAUAUUUUGUUCGCUUUUCAUAUGCUCUUUGUCAACAUACUAUUAGUUAACUUACUUAUAGGUCUGUUCAGUUUUACAAUAACUGACAUUCAAACACAAGCACGUUAUAUUUGGGCUUACGACCGUUGUGAUAUUAUCCAAACCUAUACUGCUCGACCAGCUUUAUUUCCUCCAUUCACAUUUCUAAUCUCAAUUGUAGAAUUUUUUCAGUGGUGCUGGCAAAUUAUCUAUUGA